AUGCAUCUUCCUUCUGUCCCUCUGCUACUGUUCCUCCUAUGCUCCAGAGCCAAAGCUGGGAAUAUCAUCGGGGGCACAGAGUGCAAGCCACACUCCCAUCCCUACAUGGCCUAUCUGGAAAUUGUCACUUCCCAGGGUCACCUGGCAGCUUGUGGUGGCUUCCUGAUUAGACGAGACUUUGUCCUGACAGCAGCUCACUGCGCAGGAAGGCAGAUAACCGUCAUCCUAGGAGCCCAUAACAGAACAGAGAAAGAAGACACUUGGCAGAAGCUGGAGGUUGAAAAACAAUUCCCUCAUCCAAAAUAUGAUGACAACUUGAUUCUCCAUGAUAUAAUGUUACUGAAGUUGAAAAGAAAAGCCAACCUGACCCUGGCUGUGGGUGCCCUCCCACUUCCAUCCCAAUUCAACUUCAUUCCAUCUGGGAGGAUGUGCAGGGCAACUGGAUGGGGAAGAACAAAUGUGGAUGAGCCUGGCUCCAACACACUGCAGGAGGUGAAGAUGAGACUUUUGGAGCCCCAGGCCUGCAAACAUUUCUCAAAUUUUGACCACAAUCUUCAGCUAUGUGUGGGCAAUCCCAGGAAGGCACAGAAUGUAUAUAAGGGAGACUCUGGAGGCCCCCUUCUAUGUGCUGGGAUAGCCCAGGGCAUUGCAUCCUACGUACAUCGGACUGCAAAGCCUCCUGCUGUUUUCACCAGAAUCUCCCAUUACCGGCCCUGGAUCAAUAAGGUCUUAAAGAAGAAUUAAUCUUGGAGCCUGGGCCACACUGAAGGAAAUCUAGAACUGGAUAUGAACAGUUUCUCUGUGUCAUGUGUUCUUGGCCCCUAUCUGGUUCAUGCUAAAGUCGUGUUAGGUCCCUGAGUCUACACAAGUUUCCUACAGGUCAGACUCAAUAAACCUCAAUAAAGACCCAGAUUCCAGACUGCAA